GGAGCGCUCCCUUGCCUCGCCCAUCUGUCUCAGAUUCACUUCUGCAUACAAUUCUUCAAUUCCAACAUCCUCAGCACUCGAAUCACGGUAUAAGCAGUUUGCCAUCAAUCGCCUCAAAAACCUGUGUUUCUUAUACCUCGCGCCGCUUCGUGCCGCAUUGCUACUGCAUACGGCAAUCAGACGGUGCAUGUGCGUUUGCUCUUAUCGACGCCCCUUUCGAAUGAACGAGUCAUAAGAAGCAGACGCGCAGAUAGUCCAAGAUACAUCGCAAUCACCAUGUCGUUUUCAAAUCUUGUAUCCGAUAUCGCCUUUAGGGACGCCCAUCCAGAUGACCGCAGCUCCCAAAUCUCUCAUGCUCCGUCGCGUGCUACUGCUCGGUCGUACGCCAGCACGGCUGCCACAAGUGUCAGCAUAUCCGGAGACAUCUCUAGCCAGCUUCACGCUGGCUACAGCCACCCUCUGACCAGGUCAUGGCAAGCAGAGAGGCAGCUGACGAAGGAAAUGCUCAUUUACCCGCUAUUCAUCACGGACAAUCCCGAUGAAGAAACGCUCAUACCAUCAUUGCCAAACCAACAUCGUCGCGGGCUGAAUCGCCUGGUCCCAUUCCUGGCGCCUCUUGUACGGAAAGGCUUACGAUCGGUCAUCCUGUUCGGCGUGCCGCUAAAUCCUUCUGCGAAGGAUGCCCUUGGAACAGCCGCAGAUGACCCCGAAGGCCCUGUCAUACAAGCAAUUCGUCUGAUUCGAUCACGAUUUCCACAGCUUUAUAUAGUUGCGGAUGUAUGUCUUUGCGAAUAUACAUCCCAUGGUCAUUGUGGAAUACUUCGAGACGAUGGCACCCUUGACAAUGCCCAGUCCGUGGAUCGGAUCUCAGACGUUGCAAUGGCGUACGCUAUCGCUGGUGCGCAUUGUGUGGCCCCGUCAGAUAUGAACGAUGGCAGAGUACGGGCGAUCAAGCUCAAGUUAAUUGAAGCCGGUAUCGCACACCGUGUGCUUCUGAUGUCAUACAGCGCCAAGUUCAGUGGCUGCUUGUAUGGACCUUUCCGUGAUGCUGCUGGUUCUUCUCCCUCGUUUGGAGAUCGUAGAUGUUACCAAUUGCCACCUGGCGGGCGAGGUCUUGCUCGGCGUGCAAUCCAACGCGACGUGGCGGAGGGUGCAGAUAUUAUCAUGGUGAAGCCGGCCAGCAGCUAUCUGGACAUCAUCAGCGACGCAAAAGAGCUGGCAAAGGAUAUGCCUAUUGCAGCUUACCAAGUAAGCGGUGAAUAUGCCAUGAUCCAUGCAGGUGCCAAGGCCGGCGUGUUUGACUUGAAAUCAAUGGCAUUCGAGAGCACUGAAGGCAUCUUGAGGGCAGGCGCAGGUAUUGUGGUGAGCUACUUUGUCCCGGAAUUUUUGGACUGGCUUCGUUCUUAAUUACAAUUGCUGCUUUUUUUUUUCGCCCUAAAAACCAUCAACCCCCCUCCCGCUUUAUUUCAUGCGAAUCUAGAUUAUGUACAACGUCCUCGUCUACCAAGCAUCAUGUCCUAUGCAUAUCUUCAAUGGGUCGCUCUGUGUGUGAAGCUAAUGUGCAGUUGUCCACUGUGAUGAAUAUGAAAAGAAUUUCGGAUUUGAUAUCUACAUUGGUUCUAUUUAUGCAUGAUAAGGCCUGUUUGAGUAACUGUCUGUCUGUCUUGUUAUAGUUUAUGUUUAUCUCCUCCUUCCCCUCUUUUUUUUUUUUUUUUUUUACUGAAAAUGAAAUAUAGACUAUAUCUGCUUUUCUGUUUCAUUAGUUAUUGUUAUUACUAUCCUGCGAAGAAUGCUGUAUUUUUAGACCUCUGCUAUGUCAAUUUAAUGCGCAGCCAGAACUUGGGAGG